GAACAUUAUAUACAUCAUCGAAAUUAUGGUCUAACCCGCUUUAAAAAUUAAUCAAAAUCUAAUGUUCUUAGUUUAAAUUGUGUGAAGUAACAACCAGUAAAUGUUAAUGGAUCAUAGAAUCCAAGCACAAUCCAUUGAGUGUAACCUAUCUUUUUUUUUUCUUCCUCUUUUGCUAAAUAUUUUUAUUCCUAUUUCUUUGAAUUUUUUUUCCAUGUUCUUGUCUGUGUUUGAAUAUGUUACCUUCCCUCUAAUGAUUGUUCAGAGAUAUGAGAUCCCCAAGAUCCCCAACCCCCAAAAGUACUACUAUAAUCUGGAAUGAAGCAGAGCUAAGAUCAUUCAUCAAUCUCAUGGUUGAUAAUGUCCGCAACGGAUUGAAGACAAACUCAACAUUCACAAAGGUUGGUUGGGACAACAUUACAAAAGGGCUUGAAGCCGAAUUCAAAAGGCCCUUUGCGAAAGUACAACUACGUAACAAGAUGAAUAAGUUACGCAAGGAGUACAACAGCUUCAGGGCUUUGUUAGAAACAACUGGUUUUGGAUGGGAUGCGAAUGCUCGGACUGCCACAGCUGAUGAUUCAGUAUGGGAAUCUGCUAUUCAGGGAAACAAGGAUUGGGCAAAGUAUAGAAGAAAUGGUCUCCCCAUGUGGCCAGAGUUGUUAGAGAUCUUCUCCGACUCUAGUGCCCGUGGGGAUAGAGUGAUGCUUGUACUGGGACACCCAAGGGGUCAGCUCCUCCGAAGCGGCGACUUGAUAGGACUCCUACGGAUCGUAGGAGGAAGAGCCACACACGGACAUUGACGAACUCCGCUGAGGACUUUAGAACCUUCGUCCGAUGGAGGAUGGAAAAGGGAUCAACCUCUGCCACCUCAGCAGUUACCCGACCAACUGACCCUAUUGUUGAUGGACCAUAUAGCAUGAUCAGCUGUCAGAAGCUACUGGACAGUUUGGAGGAUAUCCCGACUGAUUUGUAUGUGUUAGUGCAGCGUAAGAUACACAGUGACCCUGGGUGGCGCAUGUCUUUUGUUGAAGUGAGACCUGACAGGAGGUUAUGGAUGAUACAUGGCCUGAAGGAGUGACCCCGACCCUUUUUGAAAGCAUGAAUGAACUUUGAAAUGUUUUGUUUGGAUUUUUUAUGACUUGAUAUUGACUGACACACUGAUGUCUUUUAUCGUACUAUGGUUGAUGUUGAUGUUUGACUUAUGGAUGCUUUGUUUUAUUUUGAUUGCAUGUGCUUCAAAUUUCUAGUAGUAUAGAUGACUGUUUAUGAUUGUGAAAUAUUAUGCCUUUUAUAUUAUUGUGUUUAUUGAUCAGCUUUGGGAUAAUUCCACUACUGAUGACUUGUUAUUAGAUUAGAAUGCUAUUAGAUGGUACAUUUAUGGACUCUAU